GUCAGACAAGCUCUGUUCCUUGACAGGUCGAUCUCGGGAGCGGCAGCGCCUACGUUUGAUGUAUACGCCACCUUUGCGAGGGUACGUACAGCGCGUUCCUGCACUGCGCGCCUCGCUUUGUGGCGUCGCGCGAAUUUAGUGGGUGCCAGCAGGCAUUUUCUGCCAGCACGUAGGCGCGCGCCUGCCCCGUCUGCUCAUCCGGAGGUCCUCAAAGGCCAUCCCCAGCACAUCACUGUUAUUCGGUUCUUUUACGAGUACGUGUGCAAUAACAAGGGUACUUCCGCUCAUCAGCAAAUCCCGGGGCUCGCGCCGUUGUCGAUUGACAUGAUGCGGGUGUUGGAUGCAGCCAGUGGCAGCAGCGCGCUGAUCCAGUGCGCCGCCACACAAGUCGGAUCGCACGCGUCCUACACGCUUUCUGCGCCUGUCCUGCGGGCCGCGAGCCCACCCUCGGGGGCGGCCGACCUAUCGAUGGCCCCCGCCAGCCAGUCGCGGGCGCCGCAGAGGCGUGCUCAGCCUCCCCAAAUCCCACCACCCCCUCUCUCCCAAGCGCCGCAGGGUGCUCGGCGCGGACGAUAGAGUAGCACGAUCGAUAUGAAAGGCGCCCCGGGGCGUAUACAUAGCAGUCGUGAGGAAAACAAGCCAUGAGUCAACCCUAGCGUUAUCG